GUACGUACUUGUACAGGCCAAUCUAGGCCUUUACUUUGCCAGAUUCAAAAAGUUUACCUCCUUGACGUACACUCCAGUGACGGCCGAUAGAGUAUAAAGGUAACCGCGGUAAUAAUUUUUCUUUUAUCAUUUACUUCGUCACUCAUUUGUCCCAACCCACCCCCACAAAUUCAAACAUGUUCGCUCUUUCUCUCCCCCUCGUCUCUCUUCUCGCAUUCGUCGUAGGAACCAGCGCUGUACCCACCCUAUCUGCUCGUGACAACAGCACUUGCAGCAGUACGGGUGCGCAGUGCGACACCGGCACCGUCUCCUGUUGUGAUACCACAUAUGAGUCCAACAGCCAUGAGUUGAGCAGGAUCCUAAGCGUACUGAACAUUGCCCUUGACCCCGUCGAGGGCAACGUUGGAAUGGGUUGCAGUCCCAUCAGCGUCAUUGGUACUGGUAGCGGCGCGGAGUGUAACCAGGAGCCCGUGUGCUGCAGUGGCAACACAUACUACGGCCUCAUCAACAUUGGUUGCUCACCGAUCAACAUUUACCUGUGACCAUGAUACCCGAAUCCCUCGCCAAGAGUGAUUUAUUCCACUGUCGUUGACUCUUUGUGGCGUUCGGCCGAACUCAUGUUCUAUCGUAAUUGAGGUCCCUUUGCAAAUUGCGCGGUGUUACGUCCCACCACAGCUACUGUAAUAAAAUCGAAGGAUGUAACCAACGAGUGUUCAGAUGUGAUUCGGAGGAAGAUACCAGCCAAGUAAAAUGCAUGCGGC